GGGGGAAGAGAAGAGGGGCAGAGGAACGCCGGGUCCAUUCAUUCAGUUUGCAUUCCACACUUCCUCUUCCGUCCAUGCAGCCAGCAAACCAUCAAAAGGCAAACACGGCAGGCCCCUGCACGUAUGCAGCUGCUCGACACAACAGGUGUCUUGUGCUGCGCUACAGAGUGUGAAUCAUUAGCUACAGAGCAGGGGCCUUGGUCUUCCAGAACUGAGAGUCACAGAGAGGCAGCCAACCAGUGCACUCAUGACUAUAAUAUUAACACUCGUCUGUAUCCACCGACCUUCUUCCAUGCGGGGUCCUUCCGGCAGCCCGGGCACGUCCUGCACCGACGCACCCACACACACAACACAUGCACACGUCCAUCACACGGAUUAAGCGGCCUGACUGACUUAGUGCCUGAGCGACUGACCAUGUCGGUGGGUUGUCGGUUUCGCGUAGGCCGACACACGGGAAGUGAAACCACUCGCCAAACCGACACUGCAUCAACGCACCGUCGAUGGAUGGAUGGAUGGAUGCACAAACAACACACGCACACGACGUCGGUCUGGGCUGUGUGGUUGGGUGCAUUGUGUCGCUGUGUAUUGUGUGUGCAACUCUCUCUGUGUGUGUGUGUUGCGUACAUCCUCGUUCUCGCACGCUAUCAUCAGGCCGUCAGAAGGCUGCAUGAAUGCACCAGCAGACAGACAGACAGACAGUCACACGUAGAGGCAGAGGGAGAUCCACGAAGCAUCAUACCGAUUUGCAGAAACAGUAGAGUGGGUCGGCCGAUGUGGGCUUUCCCUCUCCCUCAGCACCCAAUGCUGACCCCUCCAAGCCCCUGACGGACGAACAAACAAAGAAACAAACAAACAAACGAAUCCAUCAGUGUCGUCCCUGUGUGAGUGUGGAUGCGUACAGUGAGUGCUCCUGCUUCUGUUUCUUGAGCAGUUUGGGGAUCAGCUUGGGAAUGUGGUGCUUCCUCUUGCGAUGGUGCUUGGCGUUAUGCGCGCCGCCAGCGCCCAAACCUGCUGCAGACGGACCCCCUGGCGCACCCGGCAAAAAACAGAACAGCACAUACAUGGAUCGUCCAUGUGCGUGUGUGGACCGUCCAUGUGCGUGUGUGUGUGUGCUGACCUGGUGCCUCAGCGGCUGGUGGGUUGUACUUAUCGUCCAUCUCCUUCACCUUCUGGUCCAACUGAUACACACAGACACAGACACAGACACAGCCAGCCAUUGAUCCACCACUGGCACUGUGUGCUAUGUGUGUUGUGUGGUUGUGUGAUGAGAUACGUGGUCGUAGAACUCCAUGACGAGGUGCAGUUUGCGGUCGGCCAUCUCCCUCACCUGCCCCUUCAUCUCAUCCAGGUUCUCAAGCUUCCCCCUGUCCUCCUCGCCCAUCUCACUGUCGAUCAGUGGCAGUGCUGCCGCCCCACGCUUGGCCUUAAGCCGGUCGUGCUGCUGCACGUGCAGCUCCUUGUGCAGCGCCUCCACGGCCCGCAUCAGGUCCGUCUGCCGCUCGUCCAAUUCACGGAUCUCAAACAGCUUCGCCUUGGUCAGCGCCGGGAUCUCCUGCAGCGAGUUGAGCGUCUCCACCAACACCCCCUCGUGGACGGUGUCCGAAGGGUCUCCCGCCACGCUGAACGAGCCGCAGGGCGGCUCCAGGGCAUCUGGGAAGAACCCGCCGCGGAACGACGCUAUCGACGUGUUCUCGUGCGGCGAAUCGUCCUCCGAUGGUGACCACUUGAUGACACCUCUCCUAUCGGCGCCGUCCUCGGUCGCUCCGUUGUUGUCUAUGUGGUUGUGGGGCAGAGAACGUGGUAGAGCUGACAUGUCGGACUCGUAGAGGGGCGGUGCGCCGCAGACAGUGCUGCCUGACGCCAUGCCGUUCUUGUCAAGAGGCUCCAUCAGCCAAGCUACGUCUUCAACUUCUGAAAACACAAACUCACCGCUUGAGCGUGCACUGAAGGA